AUGGCGGUGAAGCUGUACGGGUGGUCGAGGUCGCCGUUCGUGUCGCGGGCGCUGCUGUGCCUGGAGGAGGCCGGCGUCGACUACGAGCUCGUCCCCAUGAACAAGGAGGCCGGCGACCACCGCCGCCCCGACCACAUCGCCAGGAACCCGUUCGGGCAGGUGCCGGUGCUCGAGGACGGAGACCUCACCGUCUUUGAAUCGCGCGCAAUUGGAAAGCACGUGCUCCGCAAGUACAAGCCGGAGCUCCUGGGCGCUGGCAGCCUGGAGGACACGGCGAUGGUGGACAUGUGGCUGGAGGUGGAGGCCCACCAGCACCACCCAGCCGCGGGCGCCAUUGCCCACGAGUGCAUCGCCGCGCCCGCCUUGCUUGGCCGCAUGCCCAACCAGGCCAUCAUCGACGAGAACGUCGAGAAACUUAAGAAGGUGCUCGAGGUGUACGAGACGCGGCUGAGCAAGUGCAGGUACCUCGCCGGCGAUUUCCUCAGCCUCGCCGACCUCAGCCACUUCACGGUGAUGCACUACUUCAUGGCCACCGAGUACGCCGCGCUGGUGGAGGCGCAUCCGCACGUCAAGGCCUGGUGGGAGGAGCUCGCCGCGCGGCCGGCAGCCAAGAAGGUGGCAGGGUUCUUGACCAUUGGCUCCGGGGUGACAACUGAGAAGUGA